AUGACAGUUCAUCUUUUUGGAGCAGCUUCGUCCCCAGGCUGUUCAAAUUUCGCCCUUAAGUCAGCAGCUGAUGAUAACGAAGAGACUGUCGGCGAAGAGGCAGCCAAAUUUCUUCGACGCAAUUUCUAUGUUGACGACGGAUUAAAAUCAGUAUCGACCGUGAACGCCGCAGUUCAACUGAUUCAUGAUGUAAAGGAAAUGUGCAAACGGGGUGGGUUCAACCUCCACAAAUUUACUUCAAAUAGCAAAGAAGUCCUUGAACAGAUCCCAGUGGGUGAUCGAGCAGAAGAAGUCAAAAAUCUAAAUUUCGAGCAAGAAACUCAGUUGACGGAGCGAGCGCUUGGAGUUCUUUGGUCCAUCGAGACGAACGUGUUCAAGUUCACCAUUACUCUUAAAGAGCAUCCCUGCACAAGACGUGGCAUUCUUUCGACAGUGAGCUCCGUAUUCGAUCCUCUUGGAUUCGUCGCACCAGUGCUUCUAGAGGGAAAAUCGAUCUUACAAGAGCUCUGUCGUAUUAAACUUGACUGGGACGACCCAGUACCUGAAGAUAUGUGCAUAAGAUGGUGCAAGUGGAAAUCCGAGCUAAAGGAGUUAGAGUUGUUCUCAAUUCCACGUUGCUACAAGCCAAAGGCCUUUGGUCCCAUCGCGAAAUUCGAGCUUCAUCAUUUCUUUGAUGCUAGUUUUAAGGGAUAUAGUCAGUGCAGUUACCUUCGCCUGGUCGACGUUAAUGGCAAAGUCCAUUGCUCCUUCGUUCUUGGAAAGUCGAGAGUUACGCCAUUGAAAGUGGUAACAGUGCCAAGGCUGGAGCUCACCGCCGCAGUUGUUUCAGUGAAAGUGAGCGAGCAAUUACAUCGAGAGUUGGAUAUGAUGAUUACGAAAGAAUUCUUCUCGACUGACAGUCAAGUAGUUCUGGGAUACAUUGGCAAUUCGGUUUGA